AUGACAGCUCCUAGUUCCAAGAUCAAGGGUUGCUUCCAAUGUUCCAAGCGUCGCAUUAUUUGCGAUAGAGCCGAGCCAACUUGCAAUAAGUGCCGGAAAAAAGGCAUUGAGUGCUCUGGGCUAGGGCGGAUUCGAUUCUCAAAUGGCGUUGCGCAGCGAGGCCGGUUCAAGGGAUGCAACAUUCCCGUCGUUGAAAAUUCCCCACAGUUAGCAGUUGCCACGCAGAAUGAUUUGCAGACACAGCCCUCGCGCAAAAUUAGGUGGAAAAAUGAGCUAUCAGGUGGUCAAAGAAGCCGAAAGAAGAGAAGACCUACAGAUUCGCCUAUUCAACAGGACUCAUUGAAUCUUCAUCAACCCCGGCAGGUCCAGCAAGGAUUACAGACCAAUCAGGAUAUCCAUGAUACUGAGCAGGAGCCAGGAAGCUCAGUUCCUCAAGGAGACCUCAUCCAGAAAAGCUCUGGGCCAAUAUCCUCUUCCCGGGCCAUUUGCAAUACCUUCACUGGGGCUCUCAGACCUUGGAUUCCUUUACUAAACCCACAGGCCCGAAUGCUGAUGUCUCAUUUUGCAGAACACGUCGCGCCGUUUAUGGUGGUAUUAGACAUUUCCAAUGGCUACCGUGAUGUUCUACUCCCAUUAGCAUGUCAAGAUCCACUGGUUCAGCGUGCCGUUGGUAUCGUGGCUGCACAGCAUCUCACGCUAUCCCAGCCUUAUUUUGGCAAAUUUGCGGAAGAAGGAAGAGCCGCUCUGAUAUCUCGUCUACGCCGAGAUUCAUUUCAAGGAUCCCCUGGUCAAGUCUUCAACAUGUCCACGUGGGCGACAUUAAUCACCCUUUUGGUUGGCGAGACAAUUACCGGGAGCUCGGAAUACUUCUACUUACUACAAACACUCAUGUACUUGGUGCAGAGUAUUGAUCAAACCCAACUAUCCACAGCACAUAAUUUCCUCACAAAACAAAGUCAUAUGUUUCAAUAUUUGGGCCAACCAUUACUAGGAGAAGAAAAGGGAGUUGAGGCAUUGACACUUCCACUGGAACGCUAUCUCGACUGGACAUACUAUAACCUACCCGAAGACUCAGAGCACAAUCAUCUUCUUGGCCUUUCACGAAUCGCAUUCACGAAGGCGUCUCAAAUUUAUCUUGGUCGAGUAGAGUCGGAUCGUGACCAGUUUGAACUCCUGGAGAGUCUGCAGAAGACAGUUAUGCAAAUAAGUCCAGAGCAAUCGGGGUCUCAUGCUUUGGUCUGGGUUUGCUUUAUCGCAGCCGCAGAUAGUACGGAUCCUGAACAUCGACGAUUCUUCAUGGAUCUCAUUACCGACAAUCUGGUCGAUACAGGGAUCGGGCAGGAAAUGGACGAGAUAUUUGACUCAACUUGCCCCUACAUUGAUAAUGUGAAAUCGAAAUAA